CCCUAAAACCCUAAAUUCCCUAAAUAAUACCUUCCUCCGUUUUCAAAAAAACAAAGCAAAGAAAAGAACAUUAGCCUCUUUAGCCCUUUUGCCCCCCUUUUUUGUUUACACCCCAUUCCCCUCUCUUCACAGCCACUGUUUGUCUCACAGAUUUUUUGAAAAUAAUGGACCGGUACCAAAAGGUAGAGAAGCCUAAAGCUGACACACCCAUAAACGAGAAUGAACUGAGGAUUACAGCUCAAGGGAGGAUGAGGAAUUAUAUUUCUUACGCCAUCACUCUGCUUCAGGAGAAAGGUGCUAAUGAGAUUGUGCUUAAAGCCACUGGUAGAGCUAUCAACAAGACUGUCAUGAUUGCUGAAUUAAUUAAGAGGAGGAUUGCUGGUCUUCAUCAAAACACAUCAACGGGAUCGAUAGACAUAACUGACACAUGGGAACCGCUGGAAGAAGGCCUUCUUCCCCUAGAAACCACACGCCAUGUUUCGAUAAUCACUAUUACUUUGUCUAAGAAAGAGCUUGAUUCGUCUUCAAUUGGAUAUCAGCCUCCGAUCCCGGCUGAUCAAGUAAAGCCGUCAGCUGAGUUCGAGGACAAUGAAGGAGGCAAUAUCAAUGGUGGCAUGGUGGAGCACAGGAAUGGAGGAUGGGAUGGUGGGCGAGGCUAUGGAGGAAGAGGUCGAGGUCGUGGUCGUGGUAGGGGACGUGGUUUCCGAGGGCGUGGAAGAGGGUAUGGUGGUGGAAAUAUGCAACGGGACUCGGGAUAUUACAAUGGUAAUGGUCCAUCAGGACCAUUGCCUGCCCAGGGUCGUGGUCGUGGACGAGGUCGAGGAAGGGGACGUGGAGGCGGUCGUGGUCAGGGUUUCACACCCGAUGGUCCAUUCCAGAAAGGUGCUUGAAACAACUAGAGCAUUAAUCCUUAGAUUCUUCUGCAGAACUUUGGCUUUAGUAAACAAAAAAUCAUGUCCUUUUUCGACAUUAAUUAAGGCUUUGUUUUUUACUUGGAGAAUUUGUGUUGUAAGGGACCUUUAAUAUAUUGGUUUUUCAUUCUAGGCCACAA